GGUAGGAACCAGGAGAUGACCCAUCGUUUCUCUGCUUUAAAAUGUGAACCCGUCCAAGUCAGAUCAAUUCAGGGCCAGCCCGGGCCAGUGGGCCCCCAGGGGUACACCGGGCCCCCAGGCCUGCAGGGAUUCCCAGGACUACAGGGCCGCAAAGGUGACAAGGGCGAGCGGGGGUCACCCGGGAUCACAGGACCGAAAGGAGACGUGGGAGCGAGAGGUGUUUCUGGAUUCCCUGGUGCCGACGGAAUUCCCGGACACCCCGGGCAAGGUGGGCCCAGAGGACCGCCCGGCUAUGACGGCUGCAACGGAACCAGAGGAGACGUGGGCCGGCAGGGACUCGUCGGCCCCGAUGGGUUCCUCGGCCCUCCUGGGCCCCAAGGACCCAAAGGACAGAAAGGCGAGCCUUAUGCGCUAUCCAGUGUGGACCGCGACAGAUACAGGGGUGAACCCGGAGACCCUGGCUUGGUUGGUUUCCAGGGACCCCCUGGCCGUCCUGGGCCUAUAGGACAGAUGGGUCCGGUUGGAGCUCCAGGAAGACCAGGCCCGCCUGGACCCCCUGGACCAAAAGGACAGCCAGGCAACAGAGGACUUGGCUUUUAUGGAGAAAAGGGUGAAAAGGGCGACAUGGGACUGCCGGGACCCAAUGGGAUUCCAUCGGACACCCACCAUGCCAUCAUCGGACCCAUGAAGGAAAUGUUCCACCCAGAUCAAUAUAAGGGUGAAAAGGGGAGUGAUGGGGAGCCGGGAGUAAAAGGCAUAUCCUUGAAGGGAGAAGAAGGAGUCAUGGGUUUUUCAGGCCCACGGGGUGCUGCUGGCUUCGAUGGUGAGAAAGGUUCUCCGGGACAAAAAGUAAGUCGGAUGCACGAAACACAAUCUGCCCCGGGGCUGACACAUCUUACAAAGGUCAAACAUUAUGAAGACUGUGCUAUCCCAGGGAAAGAAACUGUGCCCCAGAAAAACACAUUUAAAACCCUGCAUAAAUCAUCCUUCCUCCCAGAUCAUUCGCAAUGCCCGAGUCAGACCACUCACCUUUUUGCUCACCUUUGCAAACUGGCGUGUUGGUUCUGUCCUUUGGCAGCGGCCCCUGCGUCACGGGGCACCACUCUUGGGAAAGUUGCCGAUGUGGCGGCCGAGUGUCUACCUGCAUUUUUCAUAUGCAGUCCUGUUCUAAGUGGGGGGCCUGUCUCGGUUGCAGGUGCCAGAGGUGACCCAGGAUUCCCAGGGACCCACGGGGAGCCCGGAAGCCGAGGUGCACCAGGAGACCCGGGCCCACCCGGCCUCCCCGGCACGUCCGUCAGAGAUGAAGAUGGGAGGAGAGGCUUACCGGGUGAAAUGGGCCCCAAAGGCUUCAUAGGAGACCCAGGCAUCCCUGCGCUGUACCCCGGCCCACCGGGCACCGAUGGAAGGCCAGGACUCCCAGGACCCCCAGGGCCUGCCGGACCACCGGGACCAGAUGGUUUCCUUUUCGGCCUUAAAGGAGCAGAAGGGAACGUGGGCUACCCUGGGCCUUCUGGCUUCCCUGGGGCUCGCGGACACAAAGGAUGGAAAGGUGACGCUGGGGACUGUAAGUGCGCAGAGAGUGAUCAGUUCAUCGGGGGGCUCCCGGGGCUGCCAGGCCCCAAGGGCUUUCCCGGCGUCAGUGGGGAGCCAGGGAAGAAAGGGAGCCAAGGAGACCCCGGCCAGCACGGCAUCCCUGGGUUCCCCGGGUUCAAGGGCACCCCUGGCAACGUUGGACCUCCCGGGCCCAAAGGGGUGAAGGGGGAUUCCAGAGCGGUCACCACCAAAGGUGAGAGGGGACAGCCAGGGGUCCCAGGUGUGCCGGGGCUGAAAGGUGACGACGGUGUCCCGGGCCGCGACGGGCUGGAUGGCUUCCCAGGCCUCCCGGGAGCUCCGGGUGAUGGCAUCAAAGGCCCCCCAGGGGACUCAGGUUACCCAGGAGUACCUGGCACUAAGGGCGUUCCAGGAGAAAGAGGCUCCCCGGGACUGGGCCUGCCCGGCCCCAAAGGCGAGCGUGGUUUCCCCGGAGAUGCCGGAUUACCUGGACCACCAGGCUUUCCCGGUCCCCCCGGCCCCCCAGGCACUCCCGCACAAAUAGACUGUGACACAGGUGUGAAAAGGCCCAUCGGAGGUGACGGACAGGAGGCCGUGCAGCCAGAUUGUGUCGGAGGGCCCAAGGGAUCGCCAGGCCUGCCGGGACCCCCAGGCCCCACAGGUGCCAAGGGCCUCCAAGGGAUACCAGGACUCUCGGGAGCUGACGGAGCACCAGGGCUCAGGGGUUUCCCUGGAGACCCAGGUCGUGAAGGAUUCCCAGGACCCCCAGGGUUCGUGGGGCCCCGAGGAUCCAAAGGUGCAGCAGGCCUUCCUGGUGCGGAUGGACUCCCGGGUCCCACUGGUCUGCCAGGCCCCAUUGGGCCCCCAGGGGACAGGGGCCUUCCCGGAGAAGUUCUGGGAGCCCAGCCCGGGCCCCGGGGUGAUGCUGGACUGCCCGGACAGCCCGGGCUGAAAGGCCCUCCAGGAGAGAGAGGCCCACCUGGAUUCAGGGGAAGCCAGGGCAUGCCGGGAAUGCCGGGCCUGAAGGGCCAGCCGGGCUUCCUAGGACCCUCGGGCCAGCCAGGCCUGCCCGGGCCGCCGGGACAGCACGGCUUCCCAGGAGCUCCCGGCCGGGAGGGGCCCUUGGGGCUGCCAGGCGCCCCCGGUCACGGAGGUCUGCCUGGAGACAGAGGGGACCCAGGGGACACAGGUGUCCCUGGCCCUGUGGGCAUGAAGGGUCUCUUUGGCGAUAGAGGUGAUCCUGGUUUGCUGGGGGAGAGAGGCCCCCCAGGAAGUCCUGGGUUUAAAGGAAUGAGCGGAAUGCCUGGUAUCCCCGGACAGAAAGGCGGGAGAGGUUCACCCGGGAUGGAUGGUUUCCAAGGCAUGGUCGGGCUCAAAGGAAGACCCGGGCUUCCGGGAAACAAAGGAGAAGACGGAUUUUUUGGAAUUCCAGGACUGAAGGGUCUGGCUGGGGAGCCAGGUGUGAAAGGCAGCCGCGGGGACCCCGGGCCCCCAGGACCACCUCCCAUCAUCCUGCCAGGAAUGAAAGACAUCAAAGGAGAGAAAGGAGAUGAAGGGCCUAUGGGGUUGAAAGGAUACCUGGGCCUAAAAGGUGUUCCAGGAAUGCCAGGGAUCCCCGGGCUGUCGGGAGUCCCCGGGUUGCCGGGGAAGCCGGGCCACAUCAAAGGAGUCAAAGGAGACAUCGGCGUUCCCGGCGUGCCUGGUUCACCAGGAUUCCCCGGCGUGCCCGGCCCCCCCGGAAUCAUAGGGUUUCCCGGGUUCACAGGAAGUAGGGGUGACAAGGGAGCUCCGGGCAGAGCAGGCCUGUACGGCGAGGUUGGCCCCACGGGUGACUUCGGUGAUAUCGGAGACACCAUAGACCUGCCGGGAAGCCCGGGCCUGAAGGGGGAGCGGGGCGUCACGGGGACACCAGGUCUAAAGGGAUUCUUUGGGGAAAAAGGAACGGUGGGCGAAGUUGGCUUCCCCGGGAUAACAGGCGUGCCAGGCGUCCAGGGCCCCCCCGGACCCAAAGGGCAAACAGGCUUCCCAGGAUUGACAGGGCUGCAGGGGCCGCAGGGAGAGCCGGGGCGAGUGGGAUUGCCCGGUGACAAAGGAGACCACGGCUGGCCAGGGAUUCCAGGCUCGCCAGGUUUUCCCGGCAUCCGAGGCAUCAGCGGACUGCACGGCCUGCCAGGCACCAAAGGCUUUCCGGGAUCCCCAGGUGCGGACAUCCACGGAGACCCCGGCUUCCCCGGUCCUGCUGGGGACCGGGGUGACCCAGGAGAGCCCAACACCCGCCCAGGCCCUUUUGGAGCCCCAGGACAGAAAGGGGAGCGAGGAGAUCCAGGUGAGGCCAAGCACCGCCCAGUGGCACCACCUGCACAACCAGACCCAGUGUGUCUGUGAGUCCGAGAGAUAAGG